UGGGUUGGAGCCGCACCGGUUUCUAAAAGUAGAGCAUGCACUACUUCAGGUGCGACUUGCAUAGAGCCUAGGUUCACAUCUGUGCGGAUCUGCACGAAAAUCCGUGCAGCCGCACCACCCACACAGAGAAUUGCGGACCCGCGGGCGGUGCUAGUGACAACCAAGGGCGGACUGACCAUUGGGGAACUUGGGCAGUGCCCAAGGGCCCGGGGUCAGUAGGGGGCCCAAUGAGAUGUCCCUGGCACCUUUCAUAGGCUUUUUUGGGUGUGAUUUGAGUGUGGGCGAGGACACAGGGGCCCCAUGAUCCCCUAUUGCCCGGGGGCCCCAUGAUUUGUCAGUCCACCCCUGGUGACAACACUCUGUCCAGGUCACC